CGCCAUCUACUAACCUGUCCGAAACUAGUACAUCAUUUUUAAAAUGUUUUUAUAAUUACUAACCUCAAAAUUAUCUUAUAAAUUUUGUUUACUUGGCUUACAUCAUUUAUCAUCUUCUUUACACCUAAGAUGUUGCUUUAUUUACACAAUUAUAUUUAUCAAAAUGUCAUAAAUAUCAAAAUGACAUUUAUUCGUUGUAAGAAAUUAGUAAGUUAAUCAUUAUCAAAAAGUAAUGAAUUUAAAUGAAUUUUGCAUUUGAAGCAUGACUUUAAAAAAUUUACAAUACCACACUACCAAUUUUUUGUUAUCUAAAUGACGUUUACAACUACUACGUAUUACAUAUGUUUAAUGUGAUGUGAUUAUUAUCACGUAUAAAAUGAAAUUAGAAAGAUGGUAAUGGACAAAAGUUGAUCCAUAAGAGACAAAGAAGUUUAAAAGAAUUGUCUUCUUUUUUUUUAUCAAAAAAAUGACGUUUCACGUGGCAUGGACUUACAUUAUAAGUUUUCUGGAUUUUUUUGGAAUCAGUAUUUUUAUUCCAUUACUAUCGGGGCAUUUAAAAAGUUUAGGAGCCAGUCACUUUUUUAUUGGUGUUCUCAGUUCAGUUUAUGCAGGAUGUCAACUUUUAAGUGGACCCAUAAUUGGAAGUUUGAGCGAUCGACUGGGACGACAAAACAUUCUCAUCUUUUGCCUAAUUAUCACCAGUGUUUGUUACUUUUUUAUGGGAAUAACGCAAUCUCUUUUUUUGAUAUUAAUAUUAAGAGCAACUUUAGGUAUUUUCAAACACAUUCAAUCGCUAAUUAGAACAGUGAUAGCCGAUCAUAUUUUCAUGAAGGAACAAACUGUAAUUUUUGGCCGAGUAAAUGCAAUAGCAGGAAUUAGUUUCACGUUGGGACCAGCGAUUGGAGGACAUUUUGUUGAAUUCGAAAAUGGAUUCUUUUACAUUUGCAUGUUUACUGCUUUUAUCUUCAUUUUAAAUAUUGCAAUUGCAUAUCUCUACUUGGAAGAUCCUCCAAAAAAGGUUGAUAAAUCCGAGACGAAAGAAAUUAUUCAACUGUCAAGUGUAAUAAAAAAUAUUCCAAAAAAUCUAAUCGGAGCAAUCAAUGAUCUUAUAAAUAUAGAUUGGAAUUUAUAUUGGGAUAUAUUUCUAGUAAAAUUUCUAACAUCCGUGGCAAAGGAUUGUUACGUUAAUAAUUAUUCAAUAAAAGUUCGUGAAAGAUUUCAAGUUUCACCGAAAUUGAUUGGAUAUAGUUUGUCAAUGCAGGGAUUUUCUGCAGCGUUAAGUGGUCUCUCUAUGGGAUAUGUAAAUAAAUUUUUAUUCAAAAAUAAGAUUGAUUUCGAGAAGCACAGUGUAAAAAUUCAUAUUUUCGUCACUCUGUGCUAUUUAGCCAUUUUGCUAGCAACCAAAGUUGAAAUUUUCGUCUUUUUUGGCAUGUUACUUGCCUUUGCGAAUGUGAUUUUAAGGGUAAGAGAAGCUGAAAUAUUGUUUAAACGAUGUCCCGAUUCGGAGCGUGGAUGUUUAACAGGGAUGGGAACAAGUAUCACGAAUAUUGCCCGAAUGUUAACUCCCUUAAUUGUGGGGAUAAUUGAAGAUAUUUAUGGUGCUGGUAGCGGAAUUAUUUUAGGACUAAUUAUAUCGACUGUUGUAAUUUUAGUUUCAAUUAAUGCCAAUAGAAGAAAAAUUGUGAUGAUAAAAAAUGACUGAUGACAUGACAGUAUUACAGGGUUUCCACAAAAUUUUUAGUUUUUUCUUUUCCUAACGAUUAUUUUUAAUAAUUUUUUAAAAAGUUCUUUGAGAAUUUUCAAAUUCAUUUGUUUACAAUUCAAUUUUACAAAAUUUCAAU